UCAUUAGGUUUCGUUUUCCCCAGUUAGGGGCCAGUUAGUUUCGUUUUCCCGGCAGCGGCCACUUUAUGUAAUGCCGCAGUAAGUAUCAUUAGACUGGAAACUGAUCACAACUGGCUCGGCUAGCAGAUGGCACGGCGCACAAUGUCUCUCCUUCCUCAGUGGUCCACGCGUGUUUUUUCAGUGGAGCUGGACGGCGCAGCGCACUACUUCUCCAUUCAAGAAAGGCACCGGGGAGAGGAAGCGCCGCGGGUGUUCAGCAAAGUCCGAGACCAUGACAGGUGUUACUCUCUCCUCGUCUGCGGCGGCGACAGGGUCGAGCGAGCCAAGUUUUACGCGGAGCUGAAAGAGAAAUUGUUGAGAGACUUGCCUCCGGAGUGUGAUGUGUCUCCCAUGUCCUCAUUUCUGCCAAAUGUCAAGGAUUCUCUCAUCAGGGGGUACUUUCUAAAAGACAAUUCUGAGAGUUCUUCCCCGUCAGAGAGACUUUUGCGAGAUUUAAUACGGCGUGAUCCUGUGCUUGUGUGUUCCUACUUGAGAGGCAAGGACGGCCAGCUGUGUCAGCAUCUGUGGUCUCAUGCAGACAGCCAAACCGUGGAAAUGUCAAAGGGGUACUGUGUGGUGCCUUCACAGCCGCCAGAAUAUCACCCAUCUACUCUCAACAUCAUCAACUCUGAUGUUUUCUACAGCUUUGAAGAUGCCUGUGAAGUCCUGAAAGAGUGUGGUGACAUCAUCCCAGAGGCAACGUCUGUUAUGGAGCUGCUGCCCAGCAGAGCGCCGGCCAGAAGUAAACCAGACUUCCCUGUUAUUGUCAUAGAGGGCCUGGAUGCCACAGGUAAGACCACUCUGACUGAGUCUCUGAGGGAUACUCUGGGGGCCACUCUUCUGCGGUCCCCUCCCCAGUGCCUGUCCCCCCUGAGGGCCUGCUUUGAUCAGGAGCCGCCCCUUAUCCGCAGGGCGUUCUACGCUCUGGGGAACUACAUCACGGCAGAACAAGUAGGCCAGGAGGGCAUGAAGACACCUGUCAUCGUUGACAGAUUCUGGCACAGCACAGCAGCAUAUGCCAUUGCCACAGCAGUGGGCGGUUCAGUGUGCAACCUUCCAGCAGAGGGUUCGGAGGUUUACCGUUGGCCCAGUGACCUGCUCCAGCCCAGCCUGGUGAUCUUACUCACCCUGGAUCCUGAGGAGAGGAAAAGGAGGCUGAGGGACAGAGGUCAAGGAAAGACGGAAGAGGAGCAAGAGCUGGACCACAACCAGCUUUUCAGACUCAAAGUGGAGGAGGCUUACCGGAGGAUCAUUGGCCCAGCUUGCGUCACUGUGGAUGCUAGUCCUUCUGCAGACCAAGUGCUCCAACAAGUGCAGCUUUUAAUUAGGGCCAAAUGCCACUUGUAAGCAGUUCUCCGUCUCCCCUGCUGUCAGCCAAGCAUCAAGUGGAUGCAGUACCUCCUUGCACCACUGGGUGCCAGUAAGGUGUUGUGAAUGCAAUAGUAGGAGGGAUGGUGACCAGAUUGGAGUGUGGAGAAGAGAUUCUAUUCAGAAUGAGUAAAGGUUGAAUAGCCAGGGGCCAGAACUGCAUGCUACAAUCAGAAAUACAUAUUCAUGUAGACACACACGCACACACAGAUUCUGACACACACACACAAGUAUUGUUAAGAAGUGUGCAUUUAACUGCUGUUGUGACCUCUCAGAAAUAGACACAGUGUAGCCUUCAGACAUAGUGUCCCUGCACUUAUUGACAACCACUUGUAUUUGGACAGACACCGAGGAAAUGGAUAGAAACAUUCAUAUAAGCACCAGUCAGUUAUAUUUCAUUUUAGGCACACAAACAUCCACAUUUCUAAAUAUGCAGUAGACCCUCAAGAAUGAAAACAUUGAAAGAAAUGAUAGAAUCCAAUUUACAUUCAAAUAAAACACUUAGUAAUCAUAAUAAUUUGUGAAUAUAUGUUUGUGAAUAUGUUGAAAAUAUGUUUCAAAUUAAAAGAA